AUGUCAGAAGCAGGGGACUCCACCCCAGCCGGCUGCGGUCGCUCUGUUCCCACGCGAAUCCCUGCCCCGACCGAAGCGCACCAUCUCGACGACUAUGACCGAUUGACUCCGCCCUUCACUGACUCGAAAGAAGGAGGCUCGAUGGGAAGAGCCUCCCGACGGCCGAGCUUCAUGGACCACUUGGCCGACUCGCGGGAGUCGCAAUUCCACGUUCAGGAUAGAACUGAGCUACAGAGAUACUUUCAUGGGCCCCGCAACAUGACGCAACACUCGAAGUGGCCGAUCGUGAUGCGGGUCAAGGGGAGCAUCAUGCCCCAGAUGAUCAUCCCAUUGUUGAUUGUGGGAGGCUGGUCAACCCUUAUCACUUGCAUGUCUCAUUUCUGUCAUAACCCUUGUCUUGGCGAUGCAAUAGUUGGGAUCAACAAUAUCUUGCUUACCGUGCUGGGGUUCGUCGUGGGUUUGUCAUUGUCAUUCAGGGGCUCUACUGCAUAUGAAAGAUGGGCAGACGGGCGCAAGUACUGGGCUUUGCUGGUGCAAACAUCACGCAACCUGGCUCGGGUCAUUUGGGUGCAUAUCGACGAACGCGAAGAAGAGGGUAAUGUUGAUCUUCUGCGAAAGUUAUCGGCCCUAAACCUUAUUCUUGCCUUCGCGGUUGCUCUCAAGCACAAACUCCGGUUCGAGCCCGACGUUGCCUAUGGAGACCUCGCAGGCCUGAUUGGCCAUCUGGAUACGUUCGCCCUCGACGCCCAUGACCGGAACAUUCUCAAUCCCCAGUCGAAGACCCCCUGGAAGUCUGUUGGGGAAUACUUGAGUUUAUCUUUCGCCAAGUCCAACCCACGCAAGUUGAUCAAACAGUCAAAGAAACCGCUAGGACAUCUUCCGGUUGAGAUUCUUGUCCAUUUGUCUGCAUAUAUUGAUUCGUGCGUCAAGAAUGGCACUUUGUCCUUGGCCCAGUUCCAGGGACAGGCGAUGACUUUGAUCUCUUCGCUCAACGAGAUUCUUGCUGGUACAGAACGAGUGCUGGAUACUCCUCUGCCCGCUGCGUAUAGUAUCGCCAUCGCCCAGAUCUCUUGGAUCUAUGUUAUGCUUCUCCCUUUCCAGCUAUACAACUUUCUUCAUUGGACUACUAUUCCCGCAUCCAUGGUUGCCGCGUACAUCAUCAUUGGUCUCCUGACUAUUGGAAGCGAGAUCGAGAACCCCUUCGGCCAAGAUGUAAACGAUCUCCCGCUCACCACGUACUGUCGUCAGAUUGCAAAGGAGCUUGAUAUCAUCACAGCCUCCCCGUCUCCAGAUGUGGAAGACUUCAUGACUCGUCCGGAGAACCUGGUACUAUUUCCACUGAGUCAGGAUGGAUAUCCAAUAUGGAAGGACCGCAACAGAAAAGACAUACACGCUGCGCUCCGUGCCAAAUUCGUCUCCAGUCCAAGCAAGAAUCCCGCUGUGGCUGGGUCGAAUGCUUCGACUAGGUCGAUGAGUAUUUCGAGGAGACGGACUAUGGAGUCGGUCUAA